CCCCGCGCUAUGGCGGCGCCCUCGCUCAGCCGGUGACAGCGGGAGGCCGAGGCCGCCCUCUCCCCUCCCCAGCAGCGGCCUGGGCUGUCAUGCAGGACCCUACCCCGGAAGGCAGCGGCGGUGGUGGCGGCGCCCGGCCCGCCGAGGAGAGGCGGGGGGCGGCGGCGGCGGCGGGGGGUCCGGCGAGCGGUGGGGCCUCCUGGCUGCAGCGGGUCUUUGAGGAAGUGCGGGGCUCCUCCCAGCUGAGCGUGUCCCCCGCGGAGCCGCCGCCCCUCACGGUGGUGGCGGUGGAGCGCUACCUGGCCGAGGCGCCGCCGCCACCCGCUGCCGCCGCCGCCCCCUCCCCGCAAUACUGGUACGACGUGACGCUGGCGGACGGCGCGUGCCACCAGCGCUGCUACCUGGCGCCGCACCUGAACGGCCUGGUGCAGCGCGCGCAGCUGCGGGCCGGCGCGCGCCUGUGCCUCAGGCGCUGCUCCUACCUGUACGACGAGAAGCGGCUCCGGUACGGCUUCCUCUGCCUGGAGGAGCUGGAGCCCGCGGGGGGUCUCGGCGGGACGGGGGCCCUCUCCCCGCCCCGCCGUCACCGCCCGCCGCCCCUCCGCGGGGAGAAGAAGCACUACCUGCCGCUGUGGAAUAAUGAGGAUCCCUACGGAGACAUGUGGGUGGCGGACAAGCCCCAGGCACAGGUGGACGUCGACGUCUCCAAGCUGACUUCUCUUGGUCAGCUGGAAAUGACUUGGAGAAGCAGAGCUCACUUCCAUCCACUUCUUGUGAGAGUCCUGCACAAAUCUAGACUAAGGUACUACGGGAAACCAGAGAAAAAACUGGAUAUGCCUUAUCAGGCUUACUUUGAAGUUGCUGAUGGUUCAGGCAUGAUGUCAAUGGUUUUGUGGAAUUCAUUAUGUCCUGAAUGGUAUAACAGUAUAAAGGUUGGCACAGUACUACUUCUUGAACAGUAUGCUAUCAAAACCAGUUACCCAUUUAAAACACAGCCAACCCCAGGGGAUUCACAGAUGAAGAGAUUUCCUACAAUCGAAAUCAGCCUUAAUGUUCGAGACCCUCCUACUAAAAUAAGUAUUAUUCCAGAAGAAAUGGUUAAGCCAGAGUGGGGAUUGCCUGAAGUUAAAUAUCGGUUCAUCACAAGGUCAGAACUGGAUGACUUACCAAACAAUCAUUCCUGUGAUGUUAUUGGUCUUGUGACAUUUGUAGGAAGGGCUGAACGAGCAAGAAAGAGAGAACAUGGUGAAGACUUCUGGCUCUAUCGUUGGGCACAUGCCAUUGAUGGGACCUCAGACCAACCGUUCAUACUGGAAUUAUUUGCGACUUCUCAGCCAGAUGUGUUUGAACAUAUUCACCCAAUGACGUAUUUGGUGUGUACCCAGAUGAGGGUGGUACGGGACCUCACUGAGAAUCCUUCCAGCACAGUUUACCUUACAACUUCAAAUGAAAGUCAAAUAUUCAUUACAGGGUGGCACAAGGGCCAGCCAUACACCAAGGAUACCAAAGUGAAAAACUUCAUUAAGUGGACUAAAACACAACGUGAAGCUGAUCAAAUGAAGAAAACUGUCAUCGGUGGCUAUUAUCCUUUUCCACGACCUCCAAAUAACUUUUUGAAAUAUUGUAAAAAAAAUAAAGUGGAAUCGGUUUUGAAAGCCAUAGGUGAAACAGGCAAAGAGAUUCAAGACUUGCACUACAGAGAACACAAGCGCAUUGCUGUCCAAGGAAUAAUUAGUGCCAUAAGAUACAUCAGCUGUAGCAGUGCAGCUGGAGAAGCCUCAGGAGUGGAACUUGUUCAGAAAGAUACUUCUCGGUCUCUUGAGAGUUCUGCUACAUCCAAAGAAGACACUGUUCACAAGGGAAAAAACACCAACCUUCAAAAUAAAGAAGUUAAGUCUUUUCUGGGGCCACAUUGCCCUCCUGGGGAACAACGCCAAGCUGUGCUGUCAAAAAAGAGUUCAGUCAAGAGAAAGAUACCACGCAGAUUAAAUACAGAUGCACAACAGGGAAGUGCAUCUGUUACUCCUGUACCAUCUUACCCCUAUUUCACACGGUCUGCAAGAAGAAAAUUUGGCUUGGAUGAAUUUCGACGUGAAGAUUUUGUGCAAGAUAAAAAUGGGCAGGCUGCAUCAGACAGUUUACAGUACAGCACAGAUCAAGAAGGAAUGAGUGAUAUACCUGAAACUGCAGACACUGGAAGAAUUCGUGAUUCAUGGCAAAGUGACCUGUGGGCACAAGUGAAAGACAAGUUAAUGAAGUAUUUCCAUCACAGCACAAUUUUCCCAGAAAGCAUCCCACGUAAAUUUGAUUAUGUGCACAAAGACUUACUAAUGCAACAGUACAACCUUCAUGCAGCAGUGCACCAGCCAAAAGAAACCAGAACAGAUAAAAAUAUCAAUGAGUUCAAAAGUGCCAGUGGCCUUGGGUAUUAUGAAGUGACAGUUUUGGGUAUAAACCACGAUGUAGCCAUAGAUGUUGCAUUUCUUCCACUGUUUUGUCCUGAAGAUCCCCACUUAUUUCAACUAGAAGACAUUCAAAACGAUACGUUAUUAUCUUGUAUGAGUUGCAUAUCUUCAUGUCAGCAGAAGGCCACUAGCAAUGAAAGGCUUUGUGACAUGUUUCCACUUUCAAAUGAAAUUGUAAAAGCAGCGAUGGAUCUAGAUGGCAAACAUGUUGUCUGCAUCUUGGACAUCUGUCACUUGGGUGAUGAUAAGGUAGAAGUGUUUCUGAGCAAAAUCUACAAGACUGUGGAACCUGGUGUGGAACCGGUAGAAUCUGGUGCAAUUUAAUAACUUAUUUUUCAGAUUUAUAUUGUUCAAAAGGAGGGAAAUAAAAUUGCUGUAACUUGAAUACACCCUCUACACAUUGCACUUUUCUAGAACUAGCAGACACAAACAUAAAAUUAUGAUUCUUAGAUCAAUUGUAAUGGUCAUCCAUGUAACUGAGAAGGAUGAUUGUUCACAUUAUUUUUCGUCAGCCUUGAAAUGGAUUACACAAUGUCUUGGUCACUUAACGUUCAGGAAGGAUGAAUAGGCAAUGCAGUGAGCUUAUCUUUUGAUAGGAUACCAAGGAGUAUAAGUCUGAUUGUCAUCCCUCUUUCUCUGCCUGUGCACGUACAUACACGGGAAAUGUGUAUAUCAGGGUAGGAACUGAGAAGAGCGGCAGGCUUUCCCAGUAUUAAAGGCAAUGUCUGCAAAAGAAUUAGCUGGCUGUGAUGUAAAUUUAGGCUGGAAAUUAGAAUAAUUUUUAGGAUUAGAGCUGUUAUAUUCUAUAGUGAUCUUUUGGCGGGAGGUACUAUGGGCAGCCUAACUGCUCUUCAGGCUUGAAGCUUACUGGGUUUGUGGAAGGGAUUAAAUACCGUGGUGCCUUUAGUACCGGGAACUGGACUCAGUGAUCCGAGAAGCCACUGUCAGUUCUUUUUACCUGAGCAAGAUCAACUAUUGGGUUUUCAUAUGUCUGCUUUUGUAGAUAUAGUGUUGGAUAGUGAAUGUAGCACCCAAAAGUUUUUAACAUAUUUUAUUUAUUAACAAAAAAGUAAUGAAACAUUUUAAAAAAGAAACUUUGAUAGUGGAACUUGCUUCUAGCUUUGCAAGAGUGCUUAGCAUCGCAGGAUACACAGUUUGUCACACCUGUAGGUUUUUUUCUGUUGAUCACCACUGUCCGCUUUCUUUUUGGUAGUAGCUAUAUUCUGAGUAUAUCAAAGAGCUGAGCAGCUGCAAGAAGCUGCUACUUCCACAAGAGCAAGAGACUGUAAAAUCCUGUCAACUUUUUGCCUAUGUACUAAUUAGCAGCUGGCUCCUGCUGAGUUCAGAACCAAGUCCCACUUUUUUUCAUGUCGAACCUUUUAUACAAGGAAAUUAUUCUCAAGUAGGAGCUUAAACACAUUGCUAUUUGACAACUUGUCCAUGUGAAAUGCUGGUCUCAGUUCAAUUCUUUGAGAAGAAAUGAUUGAAUUAUGGAAGCUUGCCAAUUAAAUUUUACCAUUAUUGACCAAAGCUCACAGAGUUAAUUGACAGGAACAGAUUUAUUCCUUUGCGAGAAACUUUUAAACACAUUUUAGCAGCAUGUUGGUAAUUGGGAAGUAUUUCUUUCAACUAGUAGCUCACUCGUCUGUUCUGGGGACAGUGGACUUUGUCUUCAAGAACUUAAAUUCUGUACCCUAACUUCAGUUGAUGGUAAUUGAAGGAGAAACAUAACUGUCUUUGUUAUAGUACAAGUUCAUAGGCAACUUUGGAUAAAAACUAAAAGCCUGUGAGGGCUAAGGAGAAUGACAAAAUUACUCUGUCUCUCUAGUGUGGUUUACAGUUUAAAAAUGUAUUAAUGAGAGAAGUUUAACUUAAAUUGCAGACAGACUAAAAGUUAAUGAAAUGUGACUAUGUAUUGUGUGUUUAUAUUUUGUAUGAAUCAUACAGUAUUAGUUCUAGAGCAAUGUUUGUCAACCCAUGCCUUUGAGCAUAGCUUGUAACCUCACCACAGAAGGCAAAUGAAAACAUACCAAUCCAGGAAGAGCACAGUGUUGCUUGCAAUAUGUUAUUUGUGUAAUUUUGUUGCUUAUGGAUAUGUGAAAGUUAGAGGCCAUUGCUCUAGAGUGAGAUUAGCACCAGCACUUCGUAUUCCAAACUGAGCCAUGCUGACUGUGUCAGCCAGUAUUUUUUAUUUAGAUAUACUUCAGGUCGAAGUCUAAUUUUAAUGAAACCAUGAUUUCUAGAAGCAAUUUUAAAAGCAGUUAUCUUUGUACGACAAUACUGAUGUAGCUAACACUGUCACAGAGUUGCUCUAUUCAGUUGUUCUGGCUGUUCCAUCCAUCCCAUGCAAUAGAAAUGCAGCGAAGACUGUUUGCCACGUUGCACUCCUUACUACACUUUAAACGAAGCAUUAAUCAUUUCAUCCUUCAUGUUAGGACUUCCUAACUCUAAAAGAAAUAUCAGAAUUAUGUGGAAUAUGUAUAAUAUGCACUUGAGACUUUAAAGUAUGUAAUUUUAUUUUACAGAAGUGGUGUUUGAAGUUUUUCCUGGCAAAAGCUGGGAAGGAGAGAUACUUAGUCUUGCAGAAUGAAGUGCCAAGCACAGGCUCUCUGUGUAUAGCUAGAGAAAAUCCAAUGCCUGUAGUAGACUUGGAAUUUCAAUACUCUGGGUCGUUCUGUAGAGGCACUUACCCCAUCCCCUCGAGUUACACUGAACUUAAUAUGCCAACUUCAGUUCCUGAAGUGUUGCAGUGUUAAUACACAGUUCCACCCACUCUGGCUCCCUCCUCCCUGCCACACCAGCACUGUAGCACGGGGGUGAAGGUCCUUUCUGCAAAGAAACUACUGUUUUAUUUCCUUUGGUGUUUAUUGACCAAGAAUAAAACCAAAAUAUUUUUCACCCUGAGUCUGUCACAUCAUAACAAACAUGUGAAUUGUGCCAUGUUAAACCAAGAUACAGAAUCUUUACUCCUGAAAAACGUCAUAGGAUCGUCUUUCUGGCUGCUGUAUAUUGCUACUGCUGAGGGUAAAAUACUAUCAAAGCACAUUCCCUAACUGUAGAACUCAGACACAACCAAAGAACUGUACUCUAAAGUUUGCAGGUUUUUUACGUUUCCAGCAUUAAUUUCAAAGAAAAACAGAGGAGGAUAAAUUGUACGUAGCUGAUGGUACUUUUGAUUGUGUAAAACUUGCUUAGGUCAUAGGUCUUAGAGGUAAUAUCAGUUUUGAAUUCAUGUGGUGUAGAGCUAGUGCAAAACUGAAAAAUAUAA